ACAUCAUCUUCCUCCAGCGACUCAAACUUCGAGAUCAACUUCAGAAUUAGCACUUUGGAGUUGUCUUCCUCCAGCGGCCACAAGACAGCUCCAUCGAGCAAUCAGGCAACAUCAAGAAUACACAAUGAAAAGAAAAGGUGGGCCGCAUACCAAGGAAUGUUAGAAACCUACCGAGAUGGUUUAAACAAAUCAAAUAUGCAAUCCAACAAGACAAUCAGCAAAAUCGCAAGAUCAGAAAGGAGAAUGACACUUCAAGAGAGAGAAACAGAAGGUCUUCAAUCAUACAUGGAGAUGUGCCAGGCUCCGCAGACAUACAAAAAGGACAACCUUUGAUACAUGUGAAGAAAAGUAACUCAACAGAAAAAGCAAAAGACGCAAGACUACAUAGGAAAAGAAAAAUGCAAACCAAGAGGGUUGCAAAACCAUCAACAAAAGAAGGAGAUUCGCCCGGCUGAUAAAACUAUGAGGUAUGCAAAAAAUAAAUUACAAUCAGCAUCUAAAAUUUGGAGAUUAGUGGACCUGAUAUUUUCUGUUAUGUGCGUGUACUACAAAAAAGUAAUAAAAUGUCUACUACAUCGAAAACGAUGAGAACAAAAUAUAAAAAAUUACAAGUUCUAUCAAGUUAACAUAUUAUCAACAACACCAGACAUUACUAAGAUUUAAAUUUAUGCUAAAUACAUAAACUUGAACAGGGAAUCGAAGAGGACUGAUGUGGAAAUUUGGAACUUCGGAAAACCAAAAUGCAAGUGUUAACAAUGUGGUGCAAUUUUCUGGUACAAAGAAAGAACUUCAGGUAGAGCGAAAAGCAUGCCAUCUUUUGGACUAUGCUGCCAACAUGGCAAAGUUGAUUUGCCACCAUUAAGAGAUCCCCCAACUUACCUUGCGAAAUUGCUAAGGAAAGACAAUGGAAAGAGGUCAAAAAACUGCUUGCAAAAUAUCAGAUUGUACAACUCCAUGUUUACUUUCACAACAAUGGGAGGAAAAGCAGACAAACAAAUAAACAAUGGCAUUGGGCCAUAUGUUCUUAGAAUGAAUGAGAAAAACUACCACAGAAUAGGUAAUGUACUGCCUGAAGGUAAAGAUAAACCACGGUGGGCACAAUUGUACAUCUAUGACAUUGGAAAUAAGGUAUGAAACAGGAUUAAUACGUCGACAACAGAAGAUAAAAGGGAUUCACGUAUCGCCGGCAGAAGAAUCGGAUUCAUUGCCUCACCGUGGACGGCGCCCCAAUCUCCGCCCCCCGCGACAUGGCGGCCGCGGCCUACGCGCACUUUGAUGCCCUGCUCGGCCACGAGACGCCCCGCGACUGCAGCCUCGACCUCUCCGAGCUGAUCACGCCCACCAACCUCGACGGCCUCGACGCCCCCUUUGACGCCGAGGAAAUUUGGAACGCUGUGAAGCGACUCCCCGCUCGCAAGGCUCCGGGCCCGGAUGGCUUCACCGCCGAGUUCCUGCGCGCGUGCUGGCCCAUUGUUCGGCAAGACUUCGUCGACGUUUUCCAGCAACUGUACGAGCUGCGCGGUCGAGGCUUCUGCUCCCUCAACCAGGCCCUGCUCACCCUGCUACCGAAGCGCGCGGACGCACGCGGUCUUGGCGACUUUAGGCCUAUAAGCCUAAUUCACCUCGUCGCCAAGAUCUUCGCCAAGGUCCUCUCGCUCCGGCUCGCGCCAAAGCUCUGCAGCCUCGUCAGCACUUGCCAGAAUGCCUUCAUCCCUAGGCGCAGCUUGCACGACAACUUCAUCCUCGUGCGCCAGUCCGCGCGCCUCCUGCACCAGCUCGGGGCCCCUCGCACCCUUCUGAAACUGGACCUCGCUCGCGCCUUCGACACCAUCAGCUGGCCGUUCCUAUUUGAGGUCCUCCGGCAGUACGGCUUCGGCUAUCGCUUCCUGGAAUGGCUCGCCAUCUUGCUCUCCUCGGCCAGCACGAAGGUGCGCAUCAACGGAGACCCCAGCCCCACCAUUUGGCACUGGUGUGUCCUUCGCCAGGGCGACCCAGUGUCCCCGCAGCUGUUCGUCCUCGCCGUCGACACGCUCGGUCGCCUUCUGCGCCGUGCCACGGAGCUGGGCGUCCUGCAGCGAUUGCACCCCCGGCGCCCGAUCCCCUCGGUCUCCCUCUACGCCGACGACGUGAUCCUUUUCUACCACCCCACCAUUGCCGACAUCACCGCCGUCAAGAGCAUCCUGCUGCUCUUCGGCCGAGCCUCAGGCCUCCUUGUCAACUACAACAAAAGCUCGGCCACCUUGAUCCGAUGCGCCGCUGAUGAUGUCACGGCUGCUGUCAACCUGUUGGGCUUCCCCCUCGCCGAGCUCCCGAUCACGUACCUGGGCAUCCCUCUGACUCUGCAUCGCCCGACGGCCGCACAGCUGCAGCCCGUCGUCGACAAAACGGCCGGCAUGCUCCCCACCUGGAAGGCGCAUCUCAUGAACAAACCGGCCGCCUUGCGUACGUCAAGGCCAUCCUCAGCGCAAUACCGAUCCACCAGCUCCUCGCCCUCGCACCACCCAAGAAGACCAUCCGCGCACUCGAGAAAAUUCAGCGCGGCUUCCUGUGGGCUGGGCGCGCGGAGGCGAACGGAGGCCACUGCCAUGUCAACUGGCAGCGCGUCGCUAGGCCGCUCUCGCUCGGUGGCCUCGGCGUGCGCGACCUCGGACGGACCAGCCUUGCGCUCCGCACCCGCUGGUUGUGGUUUAGCCGCACGGACAACACCAGAGCAUGGGCAGGCCUCGACCUGUAGUUCACCGCUGAGGAGCGCUCAUUAUUCUUCGCCCCUACCACCAUGCAAAUCGGGAACGGCACGGAGGCCCUCUUCUGGGAAGAUCGCUGGAUCGACGGUCGCUCCGUCUGCGAGAUCGCGCCACUCCUAUACGCCUGCAUCCCCAAGCGCCGCCGCAAGCUCCGGACCGUCGCCGAUGGCCUCCAGGCCAACAAGUGGGCACGGGACAUUCACGGCACGAUCGGCAUACACGAGAUCGGGCAGUACCUACAGCUCUGGCAAACUAUCAGCGCCACGACCCUCUCCGCUGAGCCAGAUCGCCUCGUCUGGAAGUGGAGCACAAGCGGAGUCUACUCCGCCAAAUCAGCCUACCUCGCCACUUUCAAUGGCUCCUUGGGCUGCGAUGCAUGGAAGCUCACCUGGAAGAAUUGGGCACCGCUGCGCGUCCGCUUCUUCCACUGGCUCGCCCGCCUGGACCGAUGCUGGACUGCCGACCGCCUCGCCCGCCGCGGCCUGCAGCACCCCGCACGUUGCCUCCUUUGUGAUCAGGCCCCCGAGACCAUGCACCACCUCACCCUCGCCUGCCCCUUCACCAGACAGAUUUGGCAUGAGGUUCUGCACUGGCUCAGGCUCCCCUGCGCCCCGCCCGACAGAGAGCUCUCCCUCAACGACUGGUGGCGCACGGCGCGACAUGCCACCCCAACGCCCAUGCGCAAGGGCCUCGCCUCCGUGACCCUCCUCGUCCCAUGGAUGAUAUGGAAGCACCGCAACGACUGCGUCUUCAACAGAGGCCAGCCCUCGACGACCGACCUGCUCACGAAGAUCAAAGACGAGGCCACCCUCUGGGCCAGAGCCGGUGCCCCCGGGCUUCGUGCCAUCUUGCCCCAAACCUGGGACGUGCACUAACACGCCCCCAGCCUUGUAAUUCCCUCCUAGGAGGAUUGUAACUGAAACCCUCUUUCUUUCCAAAGCAAUGAAAUGCAAGCUCUUCUUGCGUUUUGUCGAAAAAUAGACCCUCACAUCGUCGAGGGCCUUAAAAGUUGGCAUACCUGUGAUGCUACUACGUAAUAUCAACCAAAGUGCUGGAUUAUGCAAUGGUACAAGGAUGAUAAUUAUUCAACUUGGAAGAAAAUUCAUCGAAGCACAGAUAGUAACCGGAAC